UGUGUCUCCUUGAUGUUUCUGCAGUGGUACAACUUCCCCUCAAAGCAGGCACAAUGCGGGUAAAGAUUGUCGCACUUUUAAGGGAAUGAGCGAUCCCAAUGUGAGCCAUGUUUACCCCACGCAUUGACGAACACACACUUCAAAGGGAAGUCACUAGAGCAGUGACAAAAACACGAGUGUACUAUUUUGCAACAUGAGUAUCAUUCCAAUAAAGUUUUAAUUCUGAAAUUCUGUUGAAGUUAUGCGUGGCCUUUCUGAAGUGUCAAUCAACAUCGUCAUCAAACGAGCCGCCCUCCACCCAUCUCUUUGCCGUCUCAGUGCCCUCACCACGCGACCAACACGUACCAACAUGCACGUACGGCGCGUCAGUCUUUAUGUUUCCACCGUGGACCGGACACGAUGGCAAGGUGAACAAAGAACGCAGCUGUGAUGCGCCAAAAGCGAGAGAGUUCCACCUUAAAAGCCGUAGCGGCCGUACCGAAGACACGGGCGCCAUCUUCCGUCCACCUUAAGUGCACGUUGUGGACAACGAACGCCAAAGUCCUAAAGAGGCUUCCGUAGCCUUUCUCCAGCCGGGGAGUCGCACUCUGCUUCCCAGCGUUGACACAGCAGCGCCACUUGAGGAACAACAGCCGAACCUCAUCCGCAUUAAGGCUGUGCAUGAGAACAUGUCUGGACCCAACAAGUACCGAGAGUGGAUCCUGGAAACAAUCGACUCUCUCCGCUCCAGGAAAGCGCGUCCGGAUCUCGAGAGGAUUUGUCGAAUGGUCCGCAGACGACACGGGUCAGACCCGGACCGAACCAGGGAAGAACUGGAGAAACUGAUCCAGGAGCAGGCUGUGCUUAAAGUUAGCUACAAGGGCUCCAUCUCGUAUCGGAACGCGGCCAAGGUGCAGAGGAAGAGCAGAAAGAAGAGUGAAGAGGCGGCGGCGGACCUUUUGAACAACAACAACGGCGACAGUGCGCUCAGCCUCACCGACCAGGAGGAGGAUUCGGAGCCCAGCCCGGCUCACCAACCGCCCGUCAAAAAGAAGCACAAGUCUCCCUCCAGCCCGAUUAGCGGAAAGGGGAGCCUCGCAGACAGUGGUGUGGCGGAGGCGGGCUACCCUGUCGGGAGCGGUUGUGAAGAAGAUGAAGAAGCCCGUCCCGGCCACAGAAUAAGAGCGCAUGAUGAACAGCAGCCAGGUCCGUCCGGAGCUGACACCGCCAAGCAAAGUUACACAGGAGGACCCAGCAGACAAGAACACAACGUGCCCCUGUGCCCCAAACUUCCAGUCGGGGGCGGGGGCACCGGAUCCAACUUGGACCUGGACGAUCGGCUGGUGGCUUCGGUCCAGAGCCUGUCCGAGAGGAGCCUCCGGGGGGGGCCUGACACCACCGCCACCAAAGCCGCCAACAGAGGCCCCGUGAAGCCGCUUGGUCUCAAAGAGAUUCUGGGCUAUCUGAGCAGCCAGGAGCGUCUCUCCGAGGAGAAGCUGACCAGGGGCAAAGUCAAAGUGGUCAUGGAGAGAGAGGUGGCCGGCGGCAGGCUGCGCAGGACCCGCUGCGGGAACAUUACUCUUCCUCUGAGGGGAGUGAUGACGACGGGGGCGUCCGCUGGGAGACUUGCAAAGGACAAGCAGCACGAAAAAGAGCAGUCUCGUCAGGAGAGCGAGCCGAUGGAUGUAGCCGGUGAAAAAGGUGUGCAGGAGGACAAUGACGAAGAGGAGGAUCCCAGGAGUUCUAAUGAGAAGGGAGGACCAUCCCUGGUAGCCAUGACAACCUUGGCAGAUCUCAAGCAGGAAUCCAAGGAAGAUGUUGAGGCCCAGAGAGCAUCUGAGGAGGAGAGUUCUCGUCAGCAUGUACAUAGUGACAAAGAUGGCCUGCCAGGUGCGGAUCCCCUCGCUAUGACUGGGUGUUCGCCUCCAUCGGGUGCUUCCUCAUCCCAAUGCAACACUACACAUGUGGAACACAGACUUGCCACACCUGAUCAGGUGCCUUUGGACACACAGAUUGGUCAAAUGAAGAACACCCAGUCAGGCUUUAAUGGUAUUGGGUGUGAGACAGAAGUGGGCGUGUCGUCUUGCCUGCUCACACCCACCGCCUCCCCGAGAGACAGUGGCCUGUCUGAAGAGCAAGGGAUAAACGGUGGGGUUACCAAUGGAGGCUUUAUUAAGAUGGAAGGGGCCAGCGGGAGUCCUGUGGACUGGACCGUGUCCGAUGUGGUCACUUAUUUUACUACUGCUGGUUUUCCCGAGCAGGCUGCUGCCUUUAGGACACAGGAAAUCGAUGGGAAGUCUCUUCUCCUCAUGCAGCGUAAUGACGUUUUGACUGGCCUGUCAAUCCGACUGGGCCCCGCCCUCAAGAUCUACGAGCGCCAUGUCAAGGUUUUGCAGAAAACACACUUCGAGGAUGACGACUGUACAUGAAUAGACAUGAUGUGUGUCAGUCAAAUAUUUAAAACGACAUGCACGAAACAGACAUUUAAUUACAACGCAGCACUCAUGUACUAGCGCACAACCUCUGAACACACGCUUCCUCCUGGCCUUCUUUGCUCAGCUCAAUGUAGGACAGGAGAAUGAGUGACAGUACACAAAAAAGGGAUUUUCUACCAAUUUCAGCACAGAUGAUUGAGAAGUACAGUGGAACCUUGGUUAGCGUCAUUCGUUCCAGAGGGUCCGACUCAAACCAAAACAGACUUUAACCGUUCAUUUUCCCACAAGGGAUAAUGUAAAUCCAAUGAAUCCCUUCCAGAAAGUCAAAAUUGUUAACAUAAAACAUGUUUUUAUAGUUUUACAAUUAUGUAUGAUGAAUGAAAGCGAUGAAUGAACAUUUGAGGUUACUUUUUUACCUUCUUCCACAUCGUAUCUUUGCAUGUAAAACUAUACACUAAGUCCCCUACUUAACGAACAUCCGACGUGUGAACAUUCGGAGAUACGAACACAAGCCGACUGGUCUAUAUUUUCAUGUGUUUUGCCUUAUAAGUCCAUAUUUAUACUGCUACAUGCUUGACCAGCAGAGGGCACUGUGACACUGCUAAUGAGACCAACAGAUACAGGAAGACGAGGAAGAGGAGAGAGGAAGGCUAAGAGUUUUAUGAUACAACCUGGACAGAGCGUGUGAUUAAAGUUUAUGAAGAGUUAAUAGGCCUGCUUAAUUCUACACCACCCAUAGAACACUACCUCUUUUAGAAGAGUCUAAAAGGACGACGAUUUGUCCUUUUUUCAAUAACUCCUCCUCCACCACCACAACUACAUAUGCUCCACCACUCCUCUUCAAAGGUAAAUAACAUUUAUCAUUACGUAUUAGUAUAUCAUUUUUUUUUACUGUUUUUUUUCAUUAAUUAUCCUCGUUUAAUAUUACUACUGCAUCCAAACUCAUAUUUACAUACAUACACAUAUACUGUAUAUGUAUACACGUACAUGUAGUACCUAUAUCAUUGGUAAUAUUACCUUUUCCCUUACUUGAGAACAAUUCGACUUAGGAACGGUCGUCUGGAACCAAUUGUGUUCGUUGGUUGGGGACUUAGUGUCAUUGUAAAACCAUUAAAAAAGUGUUUUGUGUUAAAAAAAAAAGUUUGUCAACUGCUGCUGAUGUCAUAGAUGGCAAUGUAACUUCUGGCUCUGGUUGCCAUUUUGUUUAGCUAGCUAAUAGGAUGCUAAGAAGGAUAUUUUGUGAUAAAAAACAAAUACAGUUGGAUUCAUGCAGUGUGUUCACAACACGACAAGAUGAGCGCCACAUUGUACGCCAACCGCAGGCAAACCAAGGCAAAAUUGUAGCGUAAAUUUUGGACGUUAAUCGUAGAGCAUGCUAACUGGGGCAGACGCUAACCGAGAUUACACUGUACUCUUUUCACAAUGACACCCAAGAUUUUUUAGCCAUUUCUCAGUCUGUGUUUUGUUCAUGGCCGAAGAAGGUGUGCAUUUACAAAGACAGUCGUGAUUGAUGCAGUCAGAGAGUGUAUUAUUGUGGCUGUGGUUUGCCACAGUGUAGAACUGCGCUGCACUGCACUGAAAGGUAGUAACUGGAAUCUUGCCCCACAUUGCCCUAAUCUUGCCAUUUGAUAUUUGAUGUGUACAUGAUGUUGUUAUAUGUGACUUCUUGAGAACAUAAACAUGAUCAAGGGCUUUAAGAUGGAGUCUAUUUGGUGGUUAGACCUUUGUGGAUCCUCCUCAAGGUUAAGGUUAAUUGCCACCAUAAGCUAGUCAGUUGAGCGGUUAUUCCCCAAUUAUAUGUGCACCAUGUCUCAAAAAUGGCAGCAGAGUGUAAAAAGCUAUGAUGCCAAAGAAUUCAUAUGGAGAAUAUACUGUUUUUGUCGCCACAUGUUGUCAAAGUAGUCAAUACCAUACAAAAUUUGUUGGGUUUCAUUGCAAUCAGAGUUAAGGUCGGGUGCACUUCAGUUUAUAGUUUUUUUGGUGACAUUAUUUAGCGCAGAACGACGGGCAAAAUGUGUCCUACAAUAGACUGGCCAGUCCUAACCAGUCCAGGAUGUAGCUCCCCACGGACCCUGAACAAAAUAAAGAAGCAGUAUGAAAGAUGGAUGGAUGGAUGGAGACCGGCAAAAUAUCAGUGCAGUGCAAAAUACAACCACAAAAGGUUCUUUUAAGGUCAUUUUUUCCUCAUGUGAGUUAAAUCUGUACUGUAACAUAAUCGUACUUUUGUAAAUAGACACACAACUGAAGAUGGAAGACUCAAGUGAGUGUUAAGUAGAUUUACCAGAGAAAAUAUGUAAAUAUCCAUUAUUUUGUAAAUGACAAUUGACAAAGAAUGAUGGAAAUGAAUGACACACUUUCAAGUGGCUCCACUGCUGUCAGGCAAGCAGCACAACUGCCACAUGUAUCAUUCCUUCUCCCAGCAGUAAACAGUCCAGGUUGUACAGUUUUACUCGAAUUGUAUUGUUUAUAUCUGUGCAUUUGGUUUCCAUGUUGUGAAUAUUUCCAGUGUGUUUUCCCAGCACCACAUCCAGCAUCACUACCUCUUUUUCAUGUCAUUGUUCUCUACAACGUCCGGAGCACAUUUUCAUAUUGCAACCCUUGCAUCCGCAUACAGCGUAACUGUAAGUCUAAGUUUGAUUGUCACGUUGGGGCUGUACAGUCACACUUUGACCUCUAUGCUUGUUAUUUGCUAAUAUUUAGUAAUAAAACAUAAAUAAGAGAACGAUGAUCUGUCUCCGCCGAGUGUGAGUGUGAGCUCGGACAUGUCGAGAGCAGUGUGUGUGUGUACAUGCACACAAGUGCAUAUCAGUGAACAAGAAUGUCGCAAAAGUUAAUUGAUUUCAGGCGUUCAAUCCAGACUGAGACCAAUUAAAGGUUUCGGAAGUUUUUCCAGUUUAUUUGCGCUACCUGUUCACCCACCGCUUAUAAACGCUGUGAAUGUAGCUUGUCGUUCUAACGCCGUACAGUCAAUGGUAUCAUAACUGUGCUUAUUAACACACAACAUACACAACUUUGUCGCAAAAUUUAGCGAGUAUUCAGACUAAGAAAGUGACUAGUGACAACACUAGAGACUUUUUCUGGUCUUAUUAGACACUUUUGGAGGCUCAAACAUGAAUGGUGAUACUGUGGGCCAACCAAUCUGAAAGCACUCACUGAGGCUUCCAGCUUAUGACAUAAGAAAACAGAAAAAGUUUUUCCCUUUUUGUCUCCCACAUAAAAAAUGACAUGUAUGUCAUGGCCAAUUAAGCAAAUUAGACAAUGACCUCAUCCAGACCAGUGGAUCCCUGCUGGUUUGGUUGCAGCACGCACCGUCACCCUUCAAUGACGAGCGGCGACCCAAAUUGCGGAAAUUUUUGAAUGCAAUUUCUCAAGUAUCAUUUAUUUAAUGAAUUCAAUUUAUUCACAUUUUAAAUUUAAAGGGACUGUUUUAAACGAUUACACGGUCGCCUAGAGGGUGCUAACUUAUAUCCCGUCCUCUUCCUGCUCCUAGCAUUAAUGCCGCGCCCAAGGUAACACACGCAUGCGCUGGAGCUUUUGCUCAGCGCUGACGGUGUAAUUUAGUCACUUUUUAAUGUAGCCCCAUUAAUGAAAAGACGCUAAAGUGCAUUUUGAAUUUGACGUAGUGCAAAAUAACACUGCGUGACAAAACAAGAUCAUUUCAGGAACAAUUCGUUUUUCUCCACAAAUGAAAAAAAUAUUUGAAAAAUAAGUGUGUAAAGCAGUGGUGUGCAGUCAGAGCCAGCACAGCUUUCUCUGCUGGCCUAUACACGAUCAGAAGCACUGACUUAGACAUUUACAAUGUCAAUUUGAAUAUUUCUUCCAUGAAAUUUUAUAAAUUUAUUCCCAAAAGCCUAAUGUGCAAUGUCACUUCACACUUUGUCGGGUACUUUUAUAC